ACUGCCACAAAGUGUUCAGCCAUGUCAUCGAAAAGUGAAGUUUGAAUAAGUUGUCUCUGGUAAUGUUCUGCUGCGGCGUGGGCGCGGGGCGCACGGGAUGGAAAGAGCUGAAAAGGGGCGACCAAAGAUGUGAAGCCAAAAAUAUCUGCACUGUAAUAAGUUAUGAUGGCGAAUUUAAGUCUUCCUUGGGAUGCUCUUAAUUUGACUAUUGUCAUGGCUCACCGGGCUGAAAUGAUGGAAAACCCUUUUCAGGUCUAUCUCAUAGGAAUCAUCAUCUCCAUAUGUGGCAACGUUCUCAUCAGCAUUUCCCUCAACAUACAGAAAUAUGCCCACGUCUGUCUGUCCCAGAGAGGCUCCAAGCCUUACUACACCUCCGUGAUUUGGUGGUGCGGUCUGCUUCUCAUGGGUGUUGGUGAACUGGGGAAUUUUGCUGCCUACGGCUUUGCCCCAGCAUCCCUCAUCGCCCCACUGGGCUGUGUGUCUGUCAUAGCGAGCGCUUUCAUCUCUGUGAUUUUCCUCAAGGAGAACUUUCGUGUCUCUGACGUUGUGGGUGUCACACUGGCAAUAACAGGAACCUACAUCUUGGUGACAUUUGCCCCCCACACGUCCACUCACAUUACAGCCCAACUGGUCCAGUACAAUGUCGUCAACUGGUACUUCCUGUUGUACCUUAUGAUCGAGGUCAUCGCCUUUUGCAUCCUGCUCUUCCUAUACUACAAGAAGAAUAUGAAGAAGAUUGUGAUUGUGAUGCUGCUGAUAGCGCUGCUUGCCUCGCUUACAGUCAUCUCAGUGAAAGCUGUGUCGGGAAUGAUCACAGAGACGAUAAAAGGUCACCUGCAGCUCAUCUAUCCCAUCUUCUACGUUAUGUUCGUUAUCAUGGUGGCCUCCUGCGCCUUCCAGAUCAAGUUUCUCAAUCAGGCAAUGAAAAUGUUUGAUGCCACAGAGGUGGUUCCAAUCAACUUUGUGUUUUUUACUGCAAGUGCCAUUGUUGCAGGGAUAAUCUUUUACCAGGAAUUUGAGGAUUUGGCAUUACUGAAUAUUUUCAUGUUCCUUUUUGGGUGUCUGCUAUCCUUCCUGGGAGUUUUUCUGAUAGCCAGAAAUAGACCAAAAGCAAAGAAACAAGAUUGCAACUUUAUAGAAAUGGAUAUGGUACCUGGACAGAGUCGUACAAACAGAGUGCAGCCCGAGUCCAAAACUCAGACAUACGGAUCGUCGGCGGCCAAGUUCAUGUGUAACAGAGGUGACCAAAUAGAAGAUUCUUAAGACCCGUCCCAUCUGUUCAGACUGAGGAAGUCUGUGAACACAUGCCUCCUGCUGGCCCAAAUGUGAAUGGGCAACACAUUUGAAGACAUUCUCUGGGCUAGCUUUAUAUGCAGAUAAGAAAAAUAGUCCACUUCUCCCGAGUGUUAUGGCACUAUUAAUUAACAACUCCCAAAAGCGGAACUUCAUGUGACCUGAUGUCAACUUGUCCAGAGAAACACUUUGGCCAGAUAUGAACCAAUAAAUCCAUCAAUGUGUGAUGUACAUAAUUUGAAACAAAAUGUAAAGUGAUGUGCUAUGUGUUUGGUGCAUAUGUCAGUGUCUUAACUAAACAUGCUAAUGAAACUUUGUGGCAUAUGAAAAACAUAUCAAGCACUACACCUCAAAUAAACCACAUGAAGACCUGAA